CCUUGGGCGCGCCUCGCUAGUGGUCGUCACUAGAGCGAAUCCAGACCUACCACUUGAAGCCCUCUCUAUUGCCUCCGGCCCGCCAAUCGAUGCUAUACACUCGCGCACGCGGUACAGUGAGUUCAACGUCUUCGUGGCUUGCCUCGAUGCCGCCCGCCAUUGCACUGUGGAUCCUCAUAAUGGCGCAAGACAAAACAGCUAUCUCUCUCGGAACACCGUCCAAUAUGGCAGUCGAAGCCACGGCCAUUUGCACCUACCGCCUUGUGUGCUCAAAGAUACGUCUCUCUCGGCCUCCUCAAUCGGCCUUUCCUUGGAGGCUUGCAACGAGGCAAAGGUCAGCACGCUGUCGAAGACGUCGGCCACGCAGGCAAACCUUUGACCGCCGACGCCUUGUACUUCCUUCUCCUCCUCGUCUUAGCUUCCUCCUCCCUUCUUCCACCUUCUCCCUCCAUUUAGACACCCAACAGCGCGUCAUCUCACCGACAAACAACUUCGCCAGGUCCAAAUCCCCGCGGAUUACCCAGCAUCCUCCUCGCCCCUGCCCCGCAUCCAGUCUAGCGCAGAGAUCCCGCCUUUGACGAUCGCCUUCUGUAUACCUCGCACGCCCUGCUGUAAUCCUCCGUGCCCUUCUGUAUUCCUCGGAGUCCCAGCGCCUCGCUCCUGCAUCAAAACUCGGCCAAUUAUCGGGUCAGGCGCGCGGGGGCAUGAAUGGCGGUCCCAGUCCGGUGACGCGCCUGGAGGUGCCACAAUGCCCCCGCGCGGGGGCGGGUGAAUGCGAAGUGGAGGUAUCGGGACUUGGCAAGGACUACAUAUAUACCAGCGCUUCCUAUGGA